GAGGAAAGCCAAGGCACAUACGAACCUUAUAAACUCAGCACUGAAGUGCUAUGUGUCUCAUUAUUUAUAUUGGUCUAAAAGCACUUCCAGAUGCUGCUUAUCAUGUGAUGGAUUUCUGUAUCUCUGGGAAGUGUUCCUUAGUUAAACACUGGACUUACUGUGUGUUUUCUUUUGCUUUUUAGGACAAUUAUUUCUUUUUAGUUGGUGUGGGAAAAUGCAAGGGACGUGAGUGUGUUUGGGAGAAGGGGGGUGAGCUGGCAUAUACAGGAGUGAAACUUGUCACUUGGGAUUUCCAUAGGACUAGGAAAGCAAGAUAAAAAGUGACACUGUGAUUUGAGGGUGGAUUUGUGUGACUAAUUGCCCCCCGUUAAAUGUGUGAAUUCAGGAGCUGAAUACAGCUUUUGUUCCCCUCCUCACCUCCAACCAAACCAAAUCAUCUAUCUGCUAGAUGAGCCUCUGUGAGCAAAAACAUGUUGGGUUUUUGAGUUGUGUACUCUGAUGGGAUGGGAACCAUUUGAAGCAGAUUAGAAGGUGGAUGGAGGGGCUAAAUGAUUGUACUUCAGUAGAUGCAAUGUGGCUGAGUUGUGUAAUUAUUUUACUGAAUAUGCAGCAGCACACGGUAACUUUUGUCCUGGCCUAGAAACCUGUGUGAUGUACUGAAUAAAUGCAGUACAAAGGUGUCUACUGCUCCAAACAAAUGCAAGAGUGAAGAUUAGAUAAGCACUCAUGGGAACACAAGGAAACGAAGUGGUGCUGGUCAGCACAGUGAGCAUACAGUGCUCAUUGGAGUCUUCACCACUGCCAAGUUUUGGUGGAGAUUGCAGAGAAACAAUUUUGAGAAGGCUUUAGAGAGAAGAUGGAGAGUUCUUUUUUUAAUCUUCUACAACAAGUUCCUCUUAACUGUGGGGAACAGAAUAUUAAGGCAUUACAAGGCUUUGUUACCUUCUCACUUAACUUUCACGUGAGCCAGGUCUAUUAGAAAAGGCAUCGGGUAUUUGACUUCAAAUUUAGGUGGAAGGCGUGGUAAGCAAAGGUAGAUAGCUUACAUAUGAUGUAGUAAAGAAAGAGGCCUUUGCAUCUGAGGCAGAGGUGAAUGAUAAAAGUGAAGGGCUCUGGGAAGUAUUUGGUAGAACUUGCAGUAUGGGCCUUGGAAGAAUUUGAAAUGAGGGAAAGAGUUUGCGGCUACAACGUACUGAGAUCUGGGACAACAAUGUCAGCUCCUUGGAUAUUAGGACAGAUCAAAAUGAAUCAUCAGGACAUUCCUCUCUAAGUUAGAUAUAAUGAUAUGUAGAGGGCAGCUAAAUUAAUAAGUCACCUUCAUUAGCUCUUCAUCUCCUUCAGUGAAAACUACUGGACACUCCCUCAAUCUCCAGCUCCUGCAUUUUUCUGCUUUUACAUUCUGGAAAGCAAAGAUGCAUCUCUGCUUGGAGAAAGCCUUUUCUGGCUGCUGUAGAGACGCUGCCUUAGGUGUCAUUCUUCAGCCCAGCAGAGGUAAUUUAGAGCCUUUACCACGGUUGCGCAGCUCUGCUUCUGACAACCACCACUGCUCCUUCAGACCGGGCUUGGGAGACAGCAGACAAUAGGUGAUGAGAAGCAUGUUAAAUUGCAGUUUUCCCCCACUGUUCUGUUCUUAAGCUUUUUUAUAAAUUGCUCUGAGGUGCUGGCACUGAAGUUUUCUGAUCCAUUAAGACAUGCAGCAUUCCUCAGUUCUUUUCAUCCAGAACUCUAAGCAACAGUAUUUCGUCACAGUCCUCGGGUCCCAUGACUUGUUUAUAAACAAUGUGAACCCUCAUCUUGUGCAUGUUGAAAUUGAUUAAAACAACAACAAAACAAACAAACAAAAACCUGCAGCCUCCAAAAGCAGUAAAAAAAAAAAAAUUAUGUGAACACCAGGUACAGGAUUUACAGCAAGACAUCUGGCUUUUGUGAAGCAUUUUAUUGCAGCUUUUGAGCAGGCUGUGGCUUGAAGAUAAGAAAAGUUCCUGGUUCUACUAUGGCACAGCCCAUCCAGAGCCACUGUGUGCUGGGAAGGUCAGGACCUCAGCGAGGUGGGGGCUGUGGUGGUGUUCUCACUGUGCUCUGGCUUUUGGAGAUAACUACAAAAACCUGGGGGUGAAUGCUGCUUUCUGCUGAAAAAUAGCAGAUGUGAGGUUUAUUGGAGGGGGGGAAAGGAGUAGUGGUUUGAAAACAUGUGAACUCAGGUCCUUUUCUCUCUGAUGGUAGCGAGCUGUCAGGUCAAGAAGAUAAAGGUGAUUAUGACUGGACGUGCUUUUCAAAUCUCAUCUCUAAGUCUACCUCUUCCUCCAAAAAAAUUGAUCGGAAAUAUGGAGCGUGAAUUCAUAGCAGAAAGACAGAAGGGACUCCAGGCCUAUCUCGAUGUGAUUACUUCCCAUCACCUACUGUCUAACUGUGAACUGGUAAAAAAGUUCUUGGAUCCAAACAGCUAUUCUGUAAACUACACUGAAAUUGCCUUACAGCAUGUUUCAAUGUUCUUCCGAUCAGAGCCAAAGUGGGAAGUGGUAGAACCGUUAAAAGAUAUAGGUUGGCGAAUACGUAAGAAAUAUUUUUUAAUGAAGGUAAAGAAUCAACCAAAGGAACGGCUAAUGUUAAGCUGGGCUGAUCUUGGCCCUGAUAAAUACUUGUCUGACAAAGACUUACAGUAUGCUGUGAAACUCCUUUCUUCCUGUUCUCACCCCUAUAUUUACAAAGUCACUUUUGCCACUGCCAGUGAAUCUUCAGCACUGUUUAUUAGACCAUUCAAUGAAAAAGGGACACUAAAGGACCUUAUUUAUAAGGCCAGACCGAAAGAUCCCUUCCUGAAGAAGUAUUGCAAUCCUAAGAAAAUUCAAGGUCUUGAACUACAGCAGAUAAAGACAUAUGGAAGACAAAUAUUAGAGGUAUUAAAAUUCUUGCAUGAGAAGGGGUUUCCGUAUGGCCAUCUUCACUCUGCCAAUGUAGUGUUGGAUGGGGACACGUGCAAGUUACUGGAUCUAGAAAAUUCCUUGCUGGGACUUCCAUCAUUUUAUCGAUCGUACUUCUCACAGUUCCGAAAAAUUAAUACUUUAGAAGGCAUUGAUGUACAUUGCUUUGGGCACUUACUGUAUGAAAUGACGUAUGGAAGACCCCCAGAUACAAUUCCAGUAGACAGCUUCCCUCCUGCACCAUCAGUUUCUGUUGUGUCUGUGUUGGAAUCCAUUCUGACUUGUGAAGCUAUGAAGAAUGGCAUGCCAACUGUUUCACGGCUCUUACAGAUGCCAUUAUUCAGUGACGUCCUGCUAACAAACUCUGAGAAACCACAGUUUAAGAUUCCUACGAAGCUAAAAGAAGCACUGAAAAUGUCCAAGGAAUGCAUAGAGAAGAGAUUAACAGAAGAACAGAAAUUGAUUCACCAGCACAGAAGACUGACAAGAGCUCAGUCUCAUCACGGCUCCGAAGAAGAAAAAAAGAAAAGGAAGAUCUUAGCAAGAAAGAAGUCAAAACGCUCUGCCUAUGAAAGUGCGGAAGAACACUCAGCAAAAUACAGCAACUCAAAUAACUCAGCAGGCUCUGGGGCGAGUUCCCCAUUAACAUCUCCAUCAUCCCCCACUCCGCCCUCUACAGCAGGAGCAUCGUCGAUACCCCCAGCACCACCACCGCCACCCCUGCCACCAGCAGCUCCUCCUCCAAAUACAGAGGUGCCAACACAGCCAAGCCCACAGCCUGCUGUCAGUGCAAGCCGAGGAGCCUUACUCAGCUCCAUUCAAAACUUUCAGAAAGGAACUCUGAAGAAAACACACACGUGUGACUACAGUGCUCCCAGGAUCAGCUGAGGCUACUGGUUACACCAGGAUUGAAUUCCCCCUCCCACUCCUGUGCUAUCCAGGAACAAGAACCUUCUGAUCGGCAACUGAUUCACCAGCGCAUUUAGUGGCUAGUCAUGCAGUAGCUCCCUUUUACCUCUAUUUCAGCUUUACACACGUAGCAGCACUACCCCAUCUGGAUUGCAUUGCCAUGCUAACUACUCCAUUCUUUAUUUGGUUUCAAGAAUUUUGUUCUCUAGCUGCAGUUUCGGGUACAGCAUCUUCUAUGUGGCUGAAUAAAACUGAGAAUAGGAAUGACCAUGAUCGAGGUGAAUUAAUGCAUUUUUUUUUUAGUUCUAUUACUUCCUCACUUUUUUUUUUUCAAAUUACAGGAAUCUACUUUUAACCUGCCCUAACUUUUUCACCACUAGUCAUCCAGCAGUAACUCAUUUAACUUACUGCACUGAAUCAGCAUAUUUUGUUUGAGAUAAUCCAAAAAAACCCCAACCAUCAAAACAACCCAUACUGCACAGGUGAGGGAACUGGAGAAUUAAAUCUUAUUCCCACCGUUUUUGCUGAUGGACUAAAAAAUACUGUCUCAGACCUGUUUAAAUGGACAUCCUACCCGCAACUCUAAGGGCAAGUGUUUUUAAAUAAGGAAAUAGUUGAAAUUGGAGUUAAUGGGGCACUGGGAUAUUAUUCAUGAUUUAGUUAAAUGGAAACUUACUUCAAGUUAAUUUUACAGCUUAGACUUUAUUGAAAGAUCCUUUUUUUGAUUUGAUUGAAACCUUAAACAAAUUGCACUUUAAAGGAUUAUAGAUAAUCCACUUUUUAAAUUCAAGUACAUCCGUGUUCGUUACUAUGCAGAGAAUGUCUGUACAGUUUCAUGUAACCUGUGAUAUUCAGUCAUUUUUAUUAAAAUGUUAAUGGAGUUCCUCCA